AUGUUGGGAGAUGAGGCUUUUAAAGAGAUGAUUAAGUCUAAACAGGCACUGACGCCUCUUUUGUUAAACUGCGCAGGACUGCCAGCCUGGAGGAAUGAGUUGGGCCAAGCCACGGAACCCCGCUUCAGCCUUGCUGACUGCCCUCUCUCACCGGAAGGGCACACGGCACCUACCCCACCUGAAGGAGAGAACUGGGCCAAGCUGCGGGAACCUAUUCUGGCCUUGCCUGUGACCUUCUUUCGACCUGGACAGCACCAGCACUACUGCCACCACCUGGAGGAGGCAGCAGCCCUGCUGAAGAGGUACCCAGGUCUCUCCCCAGUCCCACCUGCCCUACCCCCACCUCCGCUCAUUUUCUUAAACUCCAGAGCCUCGAGCUACACAUGGCAGGAGAGGGGCCCGGUGGGGGAGGGGGCGCCCAGCGAAGCCGUCCCGGAGGGAAGGGGGGGCGGAGGCAAACGGGGUGGCCGGAGGAGGCGGACGUGGGGGUGGGGUGGGGUGAGGGGCAUCUGCAAACUACCCCGGCCGCGAGUGGGGCCGGCGCCGCGUUCCGGGGCAGGAACGCGCCCGCAGCGCUCCGGGGUGGUGGUUAAGGAGCAGAGCUGGUGGCGGCGACCUGAGCGCCGGAGCUCGAGGGGAGGACAGCGCCGCCAAGCCCGGCGGCCGAGGAGGGCGCCCGCACAAAGGCGGCGGACGCGCGGCGGCUGCCCGGUGCUCGGAGAGCGGGCCGCGGCCCUGCUAGCCCGAAGUCCCGCGCCGGCGGCGGGGCGUAAAGUUUACAUCCUCCUGAGACCGCACCCCCCCUUCCCACGCAGGACCGCACCUCUCCGCGUCCUCUUCCCCCAAACUCCACUCGGGACCCCGAGGGCCACCCGUGCCUUCAGCCAGCACAACAAAGAGACACCGACCGGCGAGGGAGCAAAGAAAUGCCUCCUUGGUAACUACAGUCUGGAGUAAAUGUACAGAGGUGCCCUUGGUGGAGGAAGGGCAGAGAAUCAUGACUGGCUGGAUACCAAGAAGGAUGCCAGUAUCUGGAUUCACACAGGGUCAUUAACAGUACUGCACCCUGUUUCUGAAGAACUAGGUACUGGGCCAAGCCAAGUAUGGUACAACCUCCCAUCCCAAAGAAACUGAGGUUUGUGAAUCCUGGGACAGAGGCAAAAGACAACAGUUAGCCAUGGCCAGAGGACACUGCUGAAAAGGGGACAUUCUCCAAACUAGAAACAAAGUUUUCCAUUAUAAUCAAUUCAUAAGCUGCAAAACAAAGCAAACAAAAAACAGACCAUUAGAAGGCAAAACAAUGACCCCUAAAACUCACUUCAAUACUGAUCUGUGGGGCAUCAAAGGGGAGGAAACCGAAAGGAACACAGCCAAAUUAUUGAAAAUGAUAGCAGGGAAGAUAAUAAAACAGAUCAAUAAGGCAUUUUAUAAGCUCACAUGAUACAAGUAAAAAGACCAUGUGCCACAUAAACAAAAUGAUCAGUGAGUCAACAGAGGACACUAAUGGUAAUAAAAACCAGCAAAGCUAAGCAAAACAAUACAUGAAUAACCAACACAGAAAAGAGCUACUCCAUAAAAGGGCUCCAGAUGUAAAUGCGGGAGAUUAAAAAUUCUAAAAAGUAUUGGCUGCAGAAAAGACUCAUGUGAACACUGUGAGAACUAGGAAACAACAUGUUUUGUCCCCUUUGUCAAAGAUCAAGUAGUUGAAUAUGUCUGGUGAGGUUUCUGUGUCCUAAAUUUUGUUCCAUUGUUCUAUAUGUCUGUUUUUGUUCCAGUACUGUCAUUAUCACAACUGCUUUGUAGAGACAAAGACAAAAAUCAUACAAACAUCUAAAUACAUGAAGAAAAAGCUUUUGACAAAGGUCAACUCCAUUCAUGAUAAAAAAAAUCUACAGAAAAUUGGGAUAGAUGGCCUUUAUCUCACUUUCAUAAAAGCUAUCUAUGGCAAAUCAAUAGCCAACAUUAUACUAAAUGGUUAAAAACUGAAAACUUUCACUCUAAAAUCAGGACCAAAACAAGGAUGGUCACUAUCACUACUCCUAUUUACUACAGUUCUGGAAACAUUAGCCAGGGCAAUUAGAUAAGAGAAAAAUUCUACCAAAAGGCUAACAGAUAUAGUAAUGAAAUUCAGUUAUGUAGCUGGACACAAGAACAACACUCAAAAAUCAAUAGCCUUCCUCUACACAACAGACCCAUUAAGGGAGAAAUUACGGAAAUAAUGUAUUUCAUAAUAGAACACACACACACACACAAGAAAUAUUUAGGAAUCACUUUAACAAAGAAAAAGACUUCUAUAUCACAGCAGACUUUUCAACCCUCAAGUCAAAAAGAGCUUGGAGUCAAAUAUUCCUAUCCCUAAAAGAAAACAGUCUACAACCCAACAGUCAUAAAAAUGAAUUACCUAGGUAUCAAUCUAAUGAAAGAAGAAAAAAACCUCUACAUCAAAAAAAAGGAAAAUUGAAGAGAGUAUCAGAAAAUGGAAAGAUAUCUCUUUUCUUUUUUUUUUUUUUUCCCAGUACCGGGGAUCAAACUCACGACUGCCUGCUUGCAAGGCAGGUGCUUAUGCUGCUGAGCUAAAUCCCCAGCCCAGAAAGAUAUUUUUUGUUUUUGGGUGAGAAGAAUUAAUAUAGUCAAAAUGGCCAUACUUCCAAUAUUGUUAUACAGAUUUACUGUAAUGCUAAUCAAAAUUCCAACAGCAUAUCUCACAGAAUUAAAGAAAACAAUCCUAAAUUUCAUCUGGAAACAGAAAAGACCUAGAAAAGCAAAGGCAAUUCUGGACAAAAAGAAAGUCAACCCUGUCGGGUUGAGUAAGUCCAGCAGAGGCACAGAACUCUCUUCUUCACCUGGGGGCCAGGCCCAGGCUCCCUGUCAGGAUGAGUAAGUCCAGCAGAGGCAGGGAACCCCACACCAGCCCGGAGGAACUCUUUUCUUUGCCUGGGGGCCAGGCCCUGGCUUCCUGUCGAGAUCAGUGAGUCAGGAGGGGGCAGGGAAUUCCGAGAUCAGCGAGUCAGGAGGGGGCAGGGAAUUCUGUCCCAGCCUGGUUGACCUCUCUCCCUCACUUGGAACAACACUUGAAGCUCAAAAAUAUAGGAAAAUGACAAAACGAAAGACCAAAAUGCAAUCUCAAACAUCCAGCCCAUCCCAAGAAAGCCUAGGAGCCAUGUGCAUAGAAGAAAAUAUAUGCCACAUACCUGAAAUACCUGAAAUAAUAGUUACUGAAAUAAAGAAGCAACUCUGGAAAGCCUUAAAGGAACUCAAACUAGAAAUAAUCUCUCAGGUAAAAGAAGAAAUGAUAAAAGAAAUGAAGGAGAUGAUGAACAUAUCUAAAGAAGACACAGUUAAAAAAUUGGAGGAACUAAACAAAAAGAUAGAGUCCCUGGAUGAACAAUAUAAGAAACAAACAGAAUAUAUAAAGCAGAUGCAAAGAGAUAUACAGGAAAUCAAAAACUCCAUCAAAAGCUGUAAAAACCACCUCAAUGAAUGUGAAGAUAGAAUCUCAGACCUCGAAGACAAGAUUGCAGCCAGUGAACAGGAAAGGAAAGAUCUUUUUAAAAUAACAAGAAAUCAGGAAAUAACAAUUCAACACCUGCAAGAUGACGCAAACAGGAACAACGUAAGGUUGAUAGGGAUAAAUGAAAAAGAAGGGGACAACAUAAAGGAUGUCAAGAGGAUAUUUAGAGAAGUAAUAGCUGAAAAUUUCCCAAACAUGAGAUUGGAAACUGAUAUCAAGAUCAAUGAAGCAUACAGAACUCCAAAUAGCCAUAACCAAAAUAAAACUACACCCAGACACAUAAUAAUGGCCAUCCCAGAAAUUGAACAAAAGAAUAGAAUAUUAAAAGCUGUCAGAGAGAAGAGACAGAUCACCUAUAAAGGAAAACCUAUCAGAAUCACAGCAGACUUCUCAGCACAGACAAUAAAGUCAAGAAGAGCAUGGAGUGAAGUAUUUCAGAUCCUAAAGGAAAAUGAUUUCCAACCUAGACUGAUAUACCCUGCAAAAUUGUCCUUCAAAAUGGAUGGAGAAAUAAGAUACUUCCAUGACAAAGAUCAGCUGAAAAACUUCAUGAUCACCAAGCCAACCCUGCAAAGAAUAAUGAAAGACAGUCUAGAUACAUUUAGGAAAAAACCACUAAACAAAGCAGACAAUUAAACAGAACCAAAAGAUAAAGAUGCAACAGCAGAAAGAUAACAUGCCCACAAUAAACCGAUAUAUAACAGUUAUAACCAUUAAUGUAAAUGGUCUCAAUGCACCAAUUAAAAGAAACAGACUGGCAGAAUGGGUCAAGAGACAAAAUCCAACCAUAUGUUGUCUACAAGAAACCCAUCUAACCCAAAAGGAUACCCACAGAUUGAAAGUCAAAGGAUGGAAAACAACAGGGACCCAAAAAAAGUGGGGGUGACUAUUCUGUUUGCAGACAAUGUGAACUUCAAGCCAAUAAUGAUCAGAAGGGAUAAAGAAGGUCACUACAUACUGGUUAGGGGAAAACUUCAAGAGGAAGAGAUAACUAUCUUAAAUAUAUAUGCACCAAAUUACAGAGCACCCAGUUUAAAACAAAUACUAACAGAAAUGAAAAAGCAAGUUAACAGUAACACAAUUCUAACAGGAGAUCUUAACACACCAUUGACACCAAUGGACAGAUCAACCAGACAGAAAAUCAGCAAAGAAAUAAAAGAACUGAAUCGCACCUGUAAAAAAUGGACUUAAUAGAGUAUUCCACCCAACAACAGAAUACACAUUCUUCUCAGCAGUACAUGGGUCAUUCUCUAAAAUAGACCAUAUAUUAAUUCACAAAACAUAUCUAAUAAAUGCAAAAGGUUUGAAAUUACCCCUUGCAUGCUAUCGGACCAUAGUGCUAUGAAAUUAGAAAUUAAUGAUAAAAGAUACUGCAAAUUCCCACAAACACAUGGAAACUGAAUAACACACUCAUGAGAAAUCAGUGGGUCACACAGGAAAUUAAAGAAGAAAUUAAACACUACCUACAAGAAAAUGAAAACACAAAUACAACUUAUUGGAAUCUGUGCGAUGCAAUGAAAGCUGUCCUCAGAGGAAAAUUUAUUGUAUUGAGUUCACACAUCAGGAAAACAGAACGAAUACAGAUAAAUAACCUGAUGUUACACCUCAAACAUCUAGAAAAAAAAGAGCAAGUCAACCCCAAAGCCAAAAGAAGAGAAGAAAUGAUAAAAAUCAGAGCAGAAAUCAAUGUAAUAGAGACUAAAAAAAAAUCAAUGAAUCAAAGAGUUGGUUCUUUGAAAGAAUAAAUAAAAUUGACAAGCCCCUAGCCAACUAUUUUUUUUUUACACUUUUUUUUUUGUUUUUCUUUUUAUCGGUACCGGGGAUCAAGCUCACAACCGCCUGCUUAUGCCGCUGAGCUAAAUCCCCAGCCCCAAUCUUUAUUUAAAAAAGGGAAGAAAAAGCUCAAAUUCAUGCAAUAAGGAAUGAAAGAGGAGAAAUCACUACAGACCCUACAGAAAUACAGAAAAUCAUCAACACCUAUUUCAAAAACCUCUACUCUCAAAGGUUUGAUAACACAGAGGAAAUGGACAUAUUCCUAGAAGCAUAUGAAGUACCAAAGCUAGGUCAUGAAGAUCUAAAACUACUGAAUAACCCAAUUUCUAUUAAUGAAAUUGAAAACGUAAUUAAAUCCUUACCUACAAAGAAGAGCCCAGAUAGAUUCAAUGCAGAAUUCUACAAGAAAUACAAAGAAGACCUAAUGCCAACACUCCUCAAACUCUUCAAUGAAAUUGAAAGGGAAGCAAUCCUUCCUAAAUCGUUCCUAGAAGCAAAUAUUACUCUAGUACCAAAACCUGAAAAGGACCCAACUGAAAAAGAGAACGACAGACCAAUCUCCCUAAUGAACACAGAUGCAAAAAUCCUCAAUAAAAAAUUGGCAAAUAGGAUGCAGCAAAUCAUCAAGAAGAUCAUACAUCAUGACCAAGUGGGAUUCAUCCCAGGCAUGCAGGGAUGGUUCAAUAUACAUAAAUCAAUAAAUGUAAAACACCAUAUCAAUAGAGCCAAAAGUAAGAACCACAUGAUCAUUUCUAUAGAUGCAGAAAAAGCUUUUGAUAAGGUCCAAUAUUUAUUUAUGAUAAGAACCUUGUAGAAAAUUGGAAUAGAUGGUCUUUACCUCAAUAUAAUAAAGGUAAUCUAUGACAAACCAACAGCCAAUAUCAUACUAAACAGCCAAAAAUUGAAGGCCUUCACUUUAAAAUCAGGCACAAGACAAGGAUAUCCCUUAUCACCACUCCUAUUUAAUAUAGUACUGGAAAUACUAGCCAGAGAAAUUAGACAAGAGAGAGAAAUAAAAGGCAUAAAGAUAGGAAAAGAAGUUAAGCUAUCAUUAUUUGCAGAUAACAUGAUACUCUAUAUAGAAGAUCCCCAAAACUCCAUUGAAAGACUGCUAUAUAUAAUAAAUAAAUUCAGUAAUGUAGCUGGAUAUAAAAUCAAUACUCAAAAAUCAAUAGCAUUCCUAUACACUAACAACAAAGUCACAGAGAAAUAAGAGAAGCCACACCCUUCACACUAGCAACCAAAAAAAUGAAAUACCUAGGAAUUACUCUCACGAAAGAAGUGAAAGACCUGUACAGGGAAAAUUAUAAUACACUGAAAAAUGAAAUUGAAGAUGAUCUCAGAAAAUGGAAAAAUAUCCCUUGUUCAUGGAUAGGAAGAAUAAAUAUUGUGAAAAUGGCCAUUCUCCCAAAACUUUUAUACAGAUUCAAUGCAAUCCCGAUAAAAAUACUAUUAACAUACAUCACAGAACUAAAGAAAUCACUCCUAAAAUUCAUCUGGAGUGAGAAGAGACCUAGAAUAUCAAAGGCAAUUCUAAGCAGCAAAGGCAAGGCAGGAGGCAUAACAAUCCCUGACUUGAAGUUAUACUACAAAGCAACAGUAGUAAAAUCAACAUGGUACUGGAACCAAAACAGAGCUGAAGAUCAAUGGAAUAGAUUAGAAGAUACAACCACAACUACAAACACACUCAACCACCUUAUCUUUGAUAAAGGGGCCAAAUAUGUUCACUGGGAAAACAACAGUCUCCAAUAAAUCGUGUUGGAAAAACUGGCUCUCCAUAUGCCGAAAACUAAAACUAGACCCAUGCCUAUCACCAUGUACUAAAAUAAAAUCUAAAUGGAUCAAAGAUCUAAAUAUUAAAACAGAAACACUAAAUUUAUUGGAAGACAAAUUGGGUAAAAACCUUGAAGACAUAGGAGUAGGUAGAGAAUUCAUGAACAGGACUCAAACCACAUGGGAAAUACUUCCCAGAGUCAAUAACUGGGAUCACCUCUUAUUAAAAUGUUUCUGCACGUCAAAAGAAAUCUCCAGCAUGGUAAAAAGAAAACCCACAAACUGGGAAGAAAUCUUAGUGAACUGCCCCUCAGACAAAGGACUUCUGUCUAAAACAUAUAAAGGAUUUUAAAAAAUCAGACCCCCAAAAUUCAAAGACCCAAUCCAAAAGUGGGCAUCUGAGAUGAAUAAAUUCUCAGAUGAAGAAAUACAAAUGGCAAAUAAAUAUAUGAAAAAAUGUUCAUCAUCAUUAGUCAUGACAGAAAUGCAAAUUAAAACCACACUGAGAUUUCAUCUCACUCCUGAAAGAAUGGCCAAGAUCAAGAAAACUACCAACAACAAAUGCUGGAGAGGCUGUAGGGAAAAAGGAACUCUCCUGCACUGUUUGUGGGAGUGUAGACUAGUGCAAACAUUGUGGAGGUCAGUCUGGAGAUUUCUCAGAAAACUGGGACUGGAAGCUCCAUUUGACCCAGCUAUACCACUUCUAGGCAUAUUCCCAGAAGAACUGAAAGCAUCAUACCAUAGUGAUUUAUGUGCACCCAUGUUUACAGCAGCACAAUUUGUAAUAGCCAGAUCUUGGAAACAACCUAAGUGUCCAUCAACUGAAGAAUGGAUAAAAAAAGUUGUGGUAUUUGUGGGGUUGGGGAUUUAGCUCAGUGGCUUAAGGGCCUGCCUUGCAAGUGUGCGGUCGUGAGUUCAAUUCCUGGUACUGAUAAAAAUGAAAAAGACAAAAAAGAAAAAGUUGUGGUAUUUUUAUACAAUGGAGUACUACUCAGCUAUAAAGAAUGAUCACAUUGAGACAUUUAUAAAUAAAUGGACGCAACUUGAGACCAUACUCAUAAGUGAAAUAAAUCAAACACUCAUGUAUAAAUACCGAAUAGUUUCCCUAGUGUAAGAAAUGAUAAGAAUACCUAAAAGUAUGUGGUAAACAUGAUUCCCAAUCAUAUUGGUUUGAAGCCAUAUAAUGUUUUCACUCAUUAAUUGCAAUGGUUUUAACCUGGAUUGUUCGAUUUUAGUAUCUAUGAUAGUACGAAUAGCUAUUUUGAAGAAAACAAAACAACAUAAAAGCUAGUGCUGAUUUAAUAUCAUCUUGUUUUGAAGUCCCAUCAAGCUGUUGUACAUCUGUUUCCACUGGUUUUAACAUGUUGUAUCUUACUAUUUCACUAUAUGCUAUAGUAUAAACAAAAUUCUUUAUAGGCAAAGAGAUAAUAUAGAACCGUUGUUCAUUUUCUAUUAGCUGGUUCUAAAUACCCUGUAAUUCUUGCAUUCUCUUAAAUGGCUUCACACUGUCUUGAUAUGCUUGAUGUUAUAGCAUACGAAGUUACACUCAAAUAAUUCAAGGAAAGAGGCACUAUGGCAACUACUAUUACGUUAGAUUAUCUGGUGGUGAAACAAAUGAUGCUUGAAUUGUUCGGUUCUGACCUGUGUUGUGCUGUUACAAUGUCCUCUCUUAUCUCAAUCUCCCCCCUUUUUAAAAAUUAAUCUAUUUUCUCGCAUUUUUAAUUAAGGAAAAACUAAAUUAAAUAGUAGUGGGGGCAUAUUAUAGUAACUUUCUUGGUUUUCCUAUUAACUUGAUUUGAACCCCAGUAUUGCUCUCCCCAUCUUGUUCUGUCUGAUUAUUCUAUAUUCUAUUUUGUUUGAUAGUAUCAAGUUUGAGGGUAUAGGCAACCACUUUGAAGGCAAUAAGAUAUACUAUGAUGCCCAUUAUGUUUUGACUAUUAUCCUUUUUUUGAAGUCCUGUAAGGUCUCCAGUGUAGGUUUUAUUGGUCUUGUUCUGUACUGUUUUGAUCAAUUCUGUUAUACCUGGUGAUAUAGGCAACUCAAUUUAAAAAUAGCAAGAGGCACAAUGGUAACCACUUUUGAUCACCUGGUAUUCUAUUUUUCCAUCAUGUACUAUGCCCACCCUUCUGUUCUAACCGACUCUGUUUUGCUUAGUCACGUUUGGUUUUAUUCUCUGCAAAAAAAAGUAAUAAGAACUGUGGGAGUAAUAAAACCCAAAAAGUCUAAUUGUUAUUGUAAAAAAGAGAGGAAAGGAAGGUGGACCAAGGGAUAUGACUGCAGGUAUAUUUGAGUGUGUAGGAUGGAAAACCAUAUUAUUGAGCUUUUGUUGGAUCAUUGAACAGAACUAUCUCCAAUUUCACUGUAUGAAUGUCCACUUUAUAUGCUUUAAUUUUGUAAUUUGAACAACUGUUUCUGGGAAGAUACUAUGUAACCUAUUAACUGGUGAUUUCUUACUGUAUACUUUUUUUUUUUUGAAAUUCUGUAUUACUUGUAUCCUGUUACUGCUUUGUUUUUUUAAUGUCCUUUCUUUUUUUCUCUUUAAAUAAAAAAAAAGUCAAGGGGCACAUCACAACCCCUGACUUGGUAUUAUACUGUAA